UUCUUCUAUUGUUGCAAAGCAAUCUCCUCUUUGCUUUCUCUUCCUUUCGUUCUUCUUUUCCUUCAUCGAAACCAGAACUGCAAAAUCCAUAACCGUGAACACGAAAAAUUGUAAUAAAAAGAAGGAAUAAUCUCUCUCAUCUCGAAUCGAAACUCCAAAUCAAAAUCAUACCGGAAAAACAUUAAAGACAAUCAUUAAAACCACCACCAACACCGAAAACCCUAGAUCACAAAAAAAGAGGGAGAAAGAUAUAAACGGUUUGAGAGAGAGAGAGAGAGAAAGAGAACCCUAAACGACAACAUGUCUGAUGCGUUUUGCUCCGACUGCAAGCGGCAGACGGAGGUGGUUUUCGACCACUCCGCCGGCGACACCGUCUGCUCCGAGUGCGGUCUCGUUCUCGAGUCCCACUCCAUUGACGAGACCUCGGAGUGGAGGACCUUUGCUAACGAGUCCGGGGAUAACGAUCCGGUUCGUGUCGGCGGGCCCACUAACCCGCUCCUUGCCGACGGUGGCCUUAGCACUGUCAUCGCCAAGCCCAACGGCGCCAGCGGCGAGUUGUUCUCGUCUUCCCUUGGCCGCUGGCAGAACCGUGGCUCUAAUCCUGAUCGCGGUCUCAUCCUCGCUUUCAAGACAAUCGCCACUAUGUCCGAUAGGUUGGGACUCGUCGCAACCAUCAAGGAUCGAGCUAAUGAGAUAUACAAGCGGGUUGAAGAUCAGAAGUCUAGUAGAGGAAGAAAUCAGGAUGCAUUAUUGGCUGCUUGCCUCUACAUUGCUUGUAGACAGGAGGACAAGCCACGCACUGUAAAGGGUACCACCUAUGAUUUUUUUAACAUCUGGAUGCUAAAAGAAUACAUAGUGAAACAACUGGGUUUGGAGAAAGGUCAAUCUGUGGAGAUGGGAACAAUACAUGCUGGUGACUUUAUGAGGCGAUUUUGUUCUAAUCUUGGUAUGAAUAAUCAAGCUGUCAAAGCUGCUCAAGAAGCUGUUCAGAGAUCAGAAGAGUUUGAUAUACGGCGGAGUCCCAUAUCAAUUGCUGCAGCAGUGAUAUACAUCAUAACUCAGCUGUCAGAUGAUAAAAAAGCUCUCAAAGAAAUAUCAUUAGCCACAGGAGUUGCAGAAGGAACCAUUAGGAACUCGUACAAGGAUCUUUAUCCUCAUGUUUCAAAAAUAAUACCAAACUGGUAUGCAAAGGAGGAAGAUUUGAAGAACCUUUGCAGCCCUUGAAAUGUAGAGCAGAAGAGAGCAUAGCGGCCAUAUUUACAAUUACAUCUUAGAUGCCAUGGAGGAGCAUUAUGUUUUGGAUGUACUGGACUCUUUUAUUUUAUACUUACUUUGCAAAGAAAGCGCCUUAUCUUAUUUUUUAACCACUCUACUUGCUAUUAACUCAACCGUUCAUUUUGGUUCACCCUCCCUAUUUGAUGAUUAAUUCCUGGGGAAGGAGGGGCCAUUGAUAUAAAAAGUUGCUUGACCUUGAAAGAGUUCAAAUUUCA